AUGUUCGAGAACGAGAAUGAGCGGGAUAAGGACUCUAGAAAGGAUGUUGAAGUCGCAGAGGCGCAAUCUACUGGGGUUACUAAUUUAAGUUCCACGGAAUUGGCAGAGGAGCGGUCUCUUCUGAGUGAUAGCGAUAAGUAUGUUUCUUCUGCGUUUGAAGACGAGGAAGAGCACGACAUCAAGUACAGAACAUGCUCUUGGCAGCACACUACGGGGCUGAUGCUUUCUGAGUACAUCGUACUGGCGAUCAUGUCUUUCCCGUGGUCUUAUUCGGUCUUGGGGCUGGUUCCGGGGCUUAUUCUGACUGUCUUUGUCGCGGUCACGGUGCUGUACACUGGACUGAUCAUCCUGAAUUACUGUGAGAAGUUUCCUCACUUGAAGAACGUGUGCGACAUCGGGCAACACCUGUUCUGGGGCAAAAAGUGGGCCUGGUACGCGACUGCAGUGUGCUUUCUCGCGAACAACACGCUGAUACAGGGGCUGCACGUUCUUGUUGGCGCCAAAUACCUGAAUACUGUGACCAACCACUCGAUUUGCUCGGUUUCUUUCGGCGUAAUCGUGGCAUGUAUCUCCCUUGUCAUCUCAAUCCCCAGAACUUUUUAUUCGCUCUCGUUGAUUGGGUAUUUCUCCGCUAUCACCAUGUUCAUCGCAGUUGUGUUGGCUAUGAUUUUCGCAGGCGUACAGAGCCAUCCUGAAGGUUAUGAUGGAACUGGGGUAGUUUUCAGAGCGUUUCCGGCAGAGGGCACAACUUUUGUCCAGGGGAUGGGGGCGUUCUUGAACAUCGUUUAUACGUUUGUUGGCCAGAUUACUUACCCACAAUUUAUUUCGGAGAUGAAGAAUCCACGGGACUUCAAGAAAGUGUUGUGGAUAACCACAAUUGCCGAGGUGAUCAUUUUUGCACUAGCAGGUGCCAUCAUGUAUGUCUAUGUGGGCAAUUACUACAUCACUGCACCCGCCUUUGGGUCCCUAAUCAGGAAGUAUAAGAUCAUAUCCUUUUCUUUUGCUAUCCCUACUAUUCUGUUUGUUGGCGCGCUUUACGCUAAUGUCUCCUCCAGAUUUUUAUUUCACAACAUUUUUCAAAACUCAAAACACCGUUACACUCACACCACCACGGGAUGGUUGACCUGGAUUGGAUUACUUACUUUAACAUGGAUUGGUGCAUUCAUAAUCGCUGAAGUCAUCCCAUUUUUCUCCGAUUUGCUAUCUUUGAUGUCUUCAUUAUUCGAUUGCUGGUUUGGUUUCGUGUUUUGGGGGAUUGCUUACUUUAAAUUGAAGGAAUUAAAAUAUGGAAAACAUAAUCUGUAUGCGUCGCUCGAUCGCGCAGAGAAGGUUCAUCUCUAUAUUGCGAUUGCCUUGAUCCUAAUAGGUCUGUUUAUCCUCGGACCUGGUCUUUAUGCGGCCAUCGAUAGCAUUGUUCUGAAUUAUCAAGAUGAUGCAUACGGAACUGUGUUCAGUUGCGCUUCAAAUGGAGUGUGA